GCAGCCCACCCACCCACACGAUACCCACCACGCCACGCCGCGCCGGCCGCGCCCCGCGAGUGACCAGGGUUUCCUUCUAGUUAUCGAAGUGGCCGGCCUGGUGCGGCCCCCGUCUGGCCUCAGAAAGCCGCCGGCUCUUCGAGAGCGUAGAGCACACCCAGCAGCGACUCCGUCUUACAGAAUGAGGGCGGUGACGAUGUGCUUGGCGCUGGGAGCGCUGGCCGUGGCGCUGGCCGCGCCGCAGCAGCAGGACCAGCCCGCCAAGACGUACACCGAGGAGGACGCCAAGCAGUACCUGAACAAACUCAACGCCGAGCUGCUGCAGCACUCCAACAUGGCCGCCAUCGCCGAGUGGGCCUACGCGUCGAACAUCACCGACGAAACGCUACAGAACAAGCUGAAGGUGGCCGCCGACACGGCGCGCUUCCAGAAGGAGGCGUGGAAGGAGACCGUCAAGUACCCCUGGACGACAUACAAGGACCCCAACGUGCGCCGUCAGUUCAAGAAGCUGUCCGUGCUGGGAGCCGCCGCGCUGCCUGAGGACAAGUACGAGAAACUGGACAAGAUCGUAAGCGACAUGCAGAACGUAUACAGCACAGCCAAGAUCUGCGACUUCAAGAACCGGGAGAAAUGCGACCUGAACCUGGAGCCAGGUGAGACCACAUCAUUUAGCUCCUCCUCGUUCCGCCCCCUCUGUUAUUCUCCCCUUCUCCUUCUC